UAUUCUUUUUUGUAUCAAAUCAAUUUCUAUAAUGUUAAAAUUGUUGACAGUUGCCUUGCUUGUGUCACGCGUACAAUGCAUCAUUCCUCCCACGAUUCUGAAAGCUAUUUAUUUAUUUUUUGUCGGAAUUCUGAAAGGACAAGACGACUUGGUCCCCGAUGAAACGUAUUUCUUCGAGGAGUACGAUUUCGUCGUGAUCGGGGCUGGUUCAGCGGGCUCUCUUUUGACGAAUCGACUGACGGAAAACCCGCAGUGGAACGUGUUGCUGCUCGAGGAGGGCAAAGACGAGAUUUUCCUCACGGACGUGCCAUUGUUUGCUUCGACUUUGCACGUCACUGACUACGUCCGCCUGCACAGAAGUGAACCGAGGCCCCGAAAUGUGGAUGGGACAGGUGGUUACUGCUUGUCCAUGAAACACGGUCGUUGCAAUUUGCCAGGAGGUAGAGCGGUCGGGGGCAGCUCUGUGGUGAAUUUCAUGAUAUAUUCCAGAGGAUCGCCAAACGAUUACGAUGACUGGGCCGCGCAAGGCAACCCAGGGUGGAGCUAUCAAGACGUGCUCCCCUAUUUUAUCAAAUCGGAAAAUUGCAAACUGCUGGAUCAGGAUGUAAGAUUUCAUGGCCACGGAGGAUAUUUGGACGUGAUCCAUUCCCCUUACGUCUCGCCUUUGAGAGAAUUAUUCCUCCGUGCUGGCGAGGAACUGGGAUACGAUGUGAUCGAUUACAAUGCAGGCAGUGUAAUCGGUUUUUCGACGGCGCAGGUUCACCUGAGAAACGGGCGUAGAGUUAGCGCGAGCAAAGCGUUUCUCAGGCCCAUCCGUGGCAGAAGGAAUUUCCAUCUGUCCAAAUUGUCCAGGGUGACGAGGAUCGUGGUCGAUCCGAAGAAAAAAGCGGCCGUGGGCGUCGAGUUCGUUAAAAAUGGCAAGAAACGAUUCGUCGCUGCCAGCAAGGAGAUAAUUGUUUCAGCAGGUACCUUGAACUCGCCACAAUUGUUAAUGCUAUCUGGAAUAGGACCGAAAAGUCACCUCGAAUCGUUGAAUAUCGAUUCGAUCGAGGAUCUUCCGGUCGGAUACAAUUUCCAAGAUCACGUCAGCAUGUCCGUGUUGACGUUUCUCGUGAAUGAGAGCGUGACUAUCGUCGAACCUCGGCUUGCUUCGAAUCUAGCCAAUGUUUUGGAUUAUUUUGUCAAAGGAACCGGCCCCUUGACAGUGCCCGGAGCAGCGGAGUGUCUUGCGUUUAUCGAUACGAAGGAAGAUCGAUCCAGCCGUCGAAUGAAAAAGUUUCAAGUUAAUAACACGAAUUUUCGUGAUACGAAUCGCUUGGAAAGAUUCAAUGACAAAGAAACUUCUCUUCUUCCAAAUAUAACCACCAUCACAGUAGAUUCCGAUUAUUUGAAAGCUCAUCGACGUUCAAAUGACGAAGAAACAAAUGUUCCCGACAUUGAACUGGUUUUAGGUAUAAGCGCCCUAACCGGAGAUAUAUCGGGUAGUUACAGAGGGCUUCUGGGCCUGACAAACGAAUUUUACAAAGAAGUCUUCACUGGUUACGAAGGUUACGACGCCUUCUCCAUUGUUCCGGUCCUCUUGCAGCCGAAAAGUAGGGGAAGAAUCACCUUGAAAACCUCUGAUCCAUUUGAUCGACCUAUUUUCGAGACAAAUUACUACGAUCACGAAGACGAUCUCAGAACUAUGGUUCGAGGCAUUAAAAAGGCCAUAGAAGUAGCAUCGAGCAAAGCGUUUAAACGUUUCAAUGCGACGUUAUUGCCGGUUGCAUUUCCAGGAUGCAAGCAUGUCCCGUUCGGUACAGAUCCGUAUUGGGCUUGUGUUGCUCGCCAAGUGACCACGACCCUAGGUCAUUUCGUAGGAACGUGCAAGAUGGGCCCAAGGAGGGACUCUGGUGUAGUGGAUCACAGGUUACGAGUGCACGGGAUCAAUGGUCUCAGAGUUGUGGAUGCCAGUAUAAUCCCUACCAUAGUAACAGGCCAUACGAAUGCGGUUGCUUAUAUGAUCGCUGAAAAGGCUGCGGAUAUGAUAAAAGAAGAUUGGAAAGUAUUGAAUUCUGAAUUCGAUUAAACGAGUUGGAAAAUUUAGGAGAGAAAGAAAGAAAGAAAAAAACAAAUCAAACAAUAGUUAACAAUAGUAAUAUCAUAUCGAUAUGCGUGUAUUUUCAUAUAACUUAUCUUUCGUCGCUGUCCAUUCUAGUAUAUAGUUACUGUGAAAAUAAUUAACGACCGGUCAUUGUCGUUAUGCGAUAGUAUAUAUUAAUCCGCAUUUAAAAGAGAGAAAAUUCUCUUCGUUAUUGCUCUGUGAUGUGAAUAAAUAUGAAUCGACUGAUAGUUAAUAACACAGAGGAAAUGGACUUAUCUUUGGUAGCGAUAUGUUCUUUCUAUCUAAAUAUAAAUAUAACGUAUUUACAAUAAAACAAAAAAAUAUUCGAAUAAAUAUGAUUGUACAAUUGUAACAUUAUUAUAUACGUUGAUAAAAUUGUGAACAACUGUAUUAUUUUUUUUUAGACUUUCUUCUAUAAAGCUCAAACGAUGCUCAAAGUAUCGAAAAACUCGUGAAAAAUAUAAAAGGAAGAAUUCGAGAAAUCUGUUGCCAAGAAACUACUGUACUUUCAGCGCCUGAAAAUAAAUAGAAUUUAUUUA